AUGGGAAACCUACACUUGUCCGCCAACAAUUUCAAAAAUUACAUGCCCACAGCCGUCAAGUCCCUGGGAUUCAAUGACACAAUCUCCUUGGUCCUCACAUGUCCUCCAUACCUCUUCGGUGCUUUCACAUCAAUCGCUGUCUCGUGGUCUUCGGGCCACUUCAACGAAAGGACCUGGCACAUUGCAAUUUCUAAGGCCGUCGCCAUUCUCGGUUUCGCCGUUGCAACGGGGACGACGAACAUUGGUGCACGCUACUUUGCCAUGUUCAUCUUCGUGAGCGCCACAUACGGCGUCAAUAAUAUCAAUCUCUCGUGGACCUCUUCUGCACUUGGCCAGACGGAUGAAAAGAAGGCCGCGGCUAUCUCCAUCGUCAAUAUGCUUGGUAAUCUCUCCUUUGUAUAUACACCUUACCUCUGGAACGACGAGGAUUCCCCGUUGUUUCGCCCGCCAACGAUCGCAAGUAUUGGCUUCUCUUUUGGGGUCGCUUUGACCGCGUGGCUGAUGAAGUGGAUACUCGUGACGCAGAACACGAGGAUCAGGGAGACCGAUAACGAGGCUGUCAAUUUUUAUGCCUACUAG